AUGCGGAGCAGCGCACUCCCUAUUGCCUUGGGCCUGGCGGCGGCACCCGUCGCCUCUGCCGCUCUCUACGACACCGUCAUCGAGACCAAGUAUGGUCCCGUCAAGGGUUAUCCUGCCUUCAACAGCACCAACACGGGUAACAUGACGAACUGGAAGGACAUCACUGUCUGGAAGGGUAUUCCUUUUGCUGCCACCACCGGUGGUGAGAAUCGCUGGAAGGCCCCCCAGCCCGCAAGCACCUGGAAAGAGACUUUGGAUGCCCGCACCUGGGGUCCUGUCUGCCCUUCUGCUACCACUGGUAACAACGACUACACCAUCAACGAAGACUGUCUGAACCUUAACAUCUGGUCUCCUGCCAAGAUGACCGAUGCUAAGCUCCCUGUGGUCAUGUGGAGCUACCCGGCCGAGUCCACUGCUGCCGAUCCUCUCUUUGACGGUGGUGGUAUGGCUGACAAGGGCAUUGUCUUCCUCGCUCACUCCGAGCUCUCUGAGGAGUUCGAGAAGGUCACUGGAUCCAACAGUUCUGGUAACUGGGGUAUGCUGGAUCAAUUCGCUGCUCUGAAGUGGAUCCAUGCCAACAUUGCCGACUUCGGUGGUGAUCCUGACCAUAUCACCGUGCAGGGUCAGUCUGCUGGAUCGGCUGCUACCCAGCACAUCUUGUACAGUGAGCUCACCAAGGACCUGAUCGUCGGAGCGAUCAUUGAGAGUGGUGUCCGUGACCCUCACGACCCUCUCUGCACCAGCCUUGCAGAGGCCUACACCACUCUUGAUGAUGCCCUGGAGGAUGGUCUUACUUACCUCUCCAACCUGGGUGUCUCCAGCAUUUCUGAGGCCCGUAACAUGACCAUGGAGGAGCUGAUCAAUGGUGCCACUGGCACUACUCGUGAAGACACCAUCAUGUUCGAGGCCACUCUCGACUACUAUGCUAUGCCUGAUACCUACCUCAACAUUCUGAAGAAGGGACUGGCCCACGAUGUCCCCGUGAUCACCGGAAACAACAAGGAUGAGAACGGCGCCACCUACGGACUUCAGCUCUCCCUCGAAGAGUACUACCAGGACGUCAAUGAGACCUACAGCGGUGAAUGGAUCGACCGUUUCCUUCAGCUCUACCCUGCCAACAGCUCCACCGCCGCCGGUGCUUACAACUCCAUGUUCACUGACCGUUCCAAGGUUGGAACUUGGUUCUGGACCCAGCUCUGGUACGGUGCCAAGAGCUCCAAGGUCUGGAACUACUUCUGGGACCACGCUCCCCCUGGCCAGACCUCCGGUGCUUACCACGAGUCCGAGAUCAACUACGUCCUGAACAACCUCUAUGCCACUGAUAAGCCUUGGGCCGCUGAGGAUUACGAGAUUGCCAAGAAGAUGAACGAUUACUGGGCCAACUUCAUCAAGACCGGUAAUCCCAACGGCGAGGAUACCAUCGUUGCCUGGCCUGCUGUUGGCUCCAAGAAGCUUGUCCAGCACGUUGGUGACGGAUGGGGCCAGAUUCCCAUUGCCUGGAGUGAGAAGGUUACCCUCUUCAAGAAGUGGUUCGCGACCCUGGUUGCUUACUAG